CUUUACCUUGCAAGUCGAGUUAGCCGCCACUAGUUAUAGUAUUUUUCUUAAAAUUUAUUCUUCCACUAGACUUUUUAAUUAUUUAUAGUGUGAAUGAAUUCACGGGUAUUGCCAUAUAAUUUUUUUGACCCUACAAUUCUCAAUAAAAUACCAUAUCACCCUUAUGAACUUUAAUAUAUACAGUAUAAAUAAACUAUCACUCAUAUAUAUCUCAAAAGCAUUUCCCUUGAGUUCAAGUAGCCAUGGGAGUAGCACAGGCUAAUCAAAUGUGGUUCCAUCUCACGAUCAUCGUCUUCUCCGUCUCCAUUUCUUUGAUUUCUAGCUCUGAAUUAAAUUGUGUAUACUCAGUUUACGUUCGAACUGGGCAAUUCUUUGCGUCUGGAACUGACUCAAAAAUUAUCUUAACUCUUUACGAUGCGGAUGGAUAUGGACUUAGAAUCAAAAACCUACAAGCGUGGGGUGGGCUUAUGGGAGAAGGUCACGACUACUUUGAAAGGGACAAUUUGGAUAUGUUUACUGGUCGUGGUCCAUGUUUGAAUGGUCCAAUCUGUAAAAUGAACUUGACUUCUGAUGGUACAGGGCAACACCCUGGAUGGUAUUGUAAUUACGUUGAAGUUACUUCUACAGCAGAGCACAAACGAUGCAACCAGCAGUUGUUUACCGUCGAGAAUUGGCUUGGUGCUGAUGUUUUUCCAGAUGGGCUAACGGCUAUUAAGAACAACUGUGGCCGUAAGUCAGAUGAGCAAUUCUCUAUUUACGAUUCUCAGUCCUAUCAUGUUGUUGAUGUAAUUUAAUUUGAGCUUAUAGUGCUUUGUGCCCCCAGGCUCAGAAUUUCUCUGUUUCUGUUUGUCUAUUUUUUUCCCCUUUCCCUUUUUCAAUUCAAAUACCUCACAUUGUGAGUAAUUUACAUGUUGAUCUGAUAUUGUAUGAUUUGUACAUGAAGGCCAAUUAGGCUAAUGGCAUGAGUGAUACAUAACUUAACUGGAAGGAUAAUUUCCCCUUCAUAAGUAUUGUAACUCGACAACAUUAUUUUUCUAUUGCAGAUAAUAGACGUACGUACAUAA